AACUUGUUCAAAGGUCUAUAAAUAGUAAUGGUAGAGAAAAACCAGAAAAUUUUCUGUUUAAGAUUGAUAAACAUUGACAACCUCAGUUUAGAUGUAAAAUUUGCAAAGUUAAACUUCCAUUGUUACUAACUCCGAAACCAUUAGCAUGGAACCAUUUCUUCAACUCAUAUAUCUGCAAAUUUUCAUUCCACUAAUACGUACCGGUUUCAAUAUAUUAUCUACUAGUAUAUGAAAAGAAAGUAGAUUUGGAUCAUAUCGGAUAUAGCCAGAGCAUUUGGUAACAGCUGCAAGUUUGAAACACUAUUGUCCCAAGGGCCUCAACAAUGUUAAAAAAUCUCGAGGGAGCUGCAUUACCUAAUAUUCCAAGGCCACCGCCAUCAACGGGGAAACAGAAGGAGAAUCAGGUAACAACGGAUAAUGCUGCACAAUGUUCAGUCACCUCUAUCUACGGUGCCAAUAUUGGGGACUUGUACCGCAAAGUAACGGCUAAAUGGUGCAAAAGCCCAGUUAGCCAUUCGUUUACUAUAAGUGUAGAAAGUCCUUGUGAUGAUCAAAGCCAUAAUACCUGCAAGAUUGAUUUAAAUGGAUGGCAAUUUUGGGGAAAAAAAGGUCUGAAAAACAUCGAAAUAGAUGGCGAAAGGGUCGAUAUUUACUGGGAUUUUCGAGAAACGAAGUUCAAUGCUAGCCCCGAGCCUUGCUCAGACUAUUAUGUAGCAAUGGUGUGUGAUGAAAAAGUGGUAUUAGUUAUAGGUGACAUGACAAAAGAUGCUUUAAAAAGAACCAAGAAAAAACUUUCCUUGAUAGACCCUACCUUGUUGUGCAAGCAAGAGCAUAUUUGUGGGAAAAGACUCUUUUGUUCCAAGACCAAACUAGGUGAAGGGAUACAAGAACACGACAUUAUAAUCGAGAACUGUCUAUCCGAUCCCGAUGAUCCCGAAAUGUGGGUUACCAUAGACGGUACCACCAUUAUUCGAGUUAUGAACCUUCAUUGGAGGUUCAGAGGAAAUGAAAUAGUCACAGUUAACAAAACAUCCAUACAAGUUUUCUGGGAUGUACAUGACUGGUUAUAUAAUAAAUCCAGUUCAAGCCAUGGAUUAUUUAUUUUCAUACCAGGUGAACCAGGUUCGAAUUCUAUCAUAAACAGUGAUGAUGAUUGCAACAUAAAUGUUCCAAAGUUUUGUUAUGUUUUAUAUGCUUGGAAAACUGAGUAGGCAUCAUUCUCUUUCACGGUGGAAACUAUAAACAUUUGUUUUGAUUUGGUCUAGUUUGGUAAUUGUAUGUUACAUCUAUGUUGUCCGGAUUUGUAGGUGAACUCAAUAUAAACCUAAAGAGUGUACCUUUAAGUUUUAUAUGUAUAUAUA